UCUCUUUACCAAUAUCUUCGCAUUAUCAUAUUUCAAUCCACAAGAUGUUCACGCUUUCCGAGGAGUCGAAGGAGCGCAUCGGCAAGAUCAUCGAGGUCUCGCGCAUUGCUAUUCACUACGGAUAUCUACCUCUCGUUCUCUAUCUUGGCUGGACGCGCAGCGAGCCUCGUCCCGCAUUCAUCCGUCUCCUCUCUCCUCUCUCCUAAGCAACACCGAUACUAUUCGAACCGAAACUCUGUAUUAUAGACCAUCAUCACUGGGGGGUCACAGGCAUUUUCGCAGUCAUGGCUGCCUGGGUUGGGCUGUUAAUUCUGGGGAGGCCGGGGUGUAAGUGAGGGCUGGCAUACGGCCGACGACCCCCUCACUCAUGAUCUGUACAAUUAUUGCAAACAAUAAAAAAUGAUGAAAUCUGCUCCAAUAACACUUCCCUUGGUCGCACAAACAUCUGAUGGGGCAUGGUUUCCAGUGCA